AUGGGGAGGAAGGAAAUGUCGCCGGCCAGCAGGACUCAUGAAGUAGAAGUUAUAAGCAGCCCAAACAGUGUCAGCAGCUCACUCUAUUACUCACCGUACAACGAUCUUUUGCCCGCCGACGAAGAUCAUCGCGGUGGUGGUUCUGCUAACAUGGCCGGCGCCAGGUUGGGUAGUCUGAAGGACGUUAUGAAAUCGCCUCCGUGGAUGAGAGGUUAUAGAGACCUCAAACUAGAAGAAGACGACUGCGGCGGCGCCGGUUCCCUUGCCGGGAAAUCGCGAGGGUCCGAUGAGAGCUUAUUCUUCGGCGAUGUUCAGCACGAUCAUCCCAAGUUUCUGCUCCAACUCAAGCGCCGUAUUGACAGGGUUGGAAUUGAGCUUCCAACUGUGGAGGUGCGGUUUGAAGGGCUAAGAGUGGAGGCAGAAGCACGGAAAGCAAGCAGAGCUUUGCCUUCACUCUACAACUUCACGGCUAAUAUGGUUGAGGAUUUGUUAAGCUGUAUUCACAUCCAGGAAAGUAGAAAGAAACAGGUGUGCAUCCUCAAGGACUUGACUGGAAUCCUAAAGCCCUCCAGAAUGACAUUGCUGCUUGGGCCGCCUAGCUCAGGGAAGACAACGUUUUUAACUGCCUUGGCAGGGCAAUUGGAUCCAAGUUUAAAGGUAUCUGGUGAGGUGACCUUCAAUGGACAUAGAAUGGACGAAUUCGUAGCUCAAAGAACAGCAGCUUAUGUUGGGCAGCACGAUCAGCACAUCGGAGAAAUGACUGUCAGGGAAACUCUUGCUUUCUCUGCUAGAUGCCAGGGCUCCCAAUUUCUCUCAGAGGUGGCAAAAGAGGUGUUGAAGAGGGAGUCGGAACGGAACAUUAAGGUUGAUGUUGAUCACAAUGUUGAUAUCUUCCUGAAGGCAAUGGCAAGUGAAGGUGGACAGAAGUUAGACAUCCUUACAGAGUACGUUACAAAGAUUCUUGGACUAGACCAAUGUGCAGAUACCAUCGUCGGGAAUGAAAUGCGACGGGGCAUCUCCGGCGGCCAAAAGAAACGUCUCACCAUCGGAGAGAUGCUAGUUGGGCCGGCAAGGGUGUUGUUGAUGGAUGAAAUAUCAAAUGGGCUAGACACAUCCACCACUUUCCAGAUCGUCAACUCCAUAAAACACACCACCCACAUUCUCAAUGGAACUUCGGUUGUCUCCCUCCUCCAGCCGGCACCGGAGACGUACGAACUCUUCGACGACAUCAUUCUCUUCUCCGAUGGCCACAUUGUCUACCAGGGUCCCCGUGAAGAUAUUCUCCAAUUCUUUCGCCACAUGGGUUUCACUUGCCCUGAGAGAAAAGCAAUCGCUGAUUUCUUGCAAGAAGUUAUUUCUAGAAAUGACCAGCAACAGUAUUGGGCUCACGAGGACCAACCUUACCGUUUCAUCACGGUUAAGGAAUUCUCCGAUGCAUUUCUAUCAUCAUUUCAUGUUGGGAAGAGGAUGAAAGAGGAGAUGUCCAUCCCAUUUGAAAAGGAUAUGAGCAAUCCAUUUGCAUUGGCCACCAAUAAAUAUGGGACUACCAAGAUGGAGCUUCUUAAGGCUUGUAUGGCAAGGGAGUUCUUGCUUAUGAAGAGAAAUUCAAUUGUCCACAUCUUCAAGCUCCUACAACUUGCACUCAUGGGAAUUGUGCUAAUGACACUCUUUUUUCGAUCUGGGAUGACCCGCAACUCGGUCCUUGAUGGAAUGGUUUACAUGGGAGCCUUGUUCUUCAUUGUGAUCAUGAUCAUCUUCAAUGGUAUGGCAGAGCAAUCCUUGAACAUAGCUAAACUACCUAUCUUCUACAAGCAAAGAAACUAUUUGUUCUAUCCUCCUUGGGCGUUUUCUCUGCCUCCGUGCAUCCUGCAAAUCCCCACUGCAAUCUUAGAAGCUGCAGUUUGGGUCUUCAUCACUUAUUUCAUGAUUGGAUUUGAUCCUGAGCUUUCAAGGUUCUUCAAGCAAUUUUUUCUACUCAUACUCGUGAGCAAGAUGUCUAAUGCACUAUUCCGAAUGAUGUCAGGACUAGGGAGGACAGCAGUCCUAACAAAUUUACUUGCAGGAUUUACUCUUCUCACACUUCUAGCUUUGAGUGGCUUUGUCAUGUCCAGAGAGAAUAUUAACAAAUUUUGGAUAUGGGGUUACUGGGCAUCUCCGUUCAUGUAUGCACAAAAUGCAGUAGUGGUGAAUGAGUUCCUUGGAAAGAGCUGGAGCCAUGUUCCUCCUGGGUCGAUAGUUCCAUUGGGAGUUCAAGUUUUAAAGUCCCGCGGUUUCUUCACAAAUGAGUAUUGGUACUGGAUAGGAAUCGGGGGAUUGCUUGGAUACAUAGUGUUGUUCAACCUCGGAUAUACUCUGUCUCUCAUGUUUCUAAACCCCUUGGAUAAGCCUCAAGCUAUUUCUCCUGACGAGGAGAUUCACAUUGAUAAACCAUGUCGCACAAAUCUCAUAAUGAUGACUUCGGAUCAAGAGAAUAAAGGGAGUAAUCCAAACAUAUUUGAAUUUGAAGCCUCAUCUACAAGAAUGAACUCCACUUCACAAGACAAACCGAAAGACAAAGUGAAAAAGAAGAGCAUAAAGGGAAUGGUUCUUCCAUUUCAGCCUCAUUUCAUCACCUUUGAUGACAUUACAUACUCAGUUGACAUGCCAAAGGAAAUGAAAGUUCAUGGUGCCCCAGAGAAGAAAUUGAUUCUUCUAAAUAGUUUGAGUGGCAGUUUUAGACCUGGUGUGCUGACGGCUCUAAUGGGUGUAACGGGGGCAGGGAAAACUACCCUUUUGGAUGUGUUGGCUGGUAGAAAAACUGCUGGCUACAUUCAUGGGACUAUCACCAUUUCGGGAUACCCAAAAAAGCAACAUACUUUUGCAAGAAUUGCAGGAUAUUGUGAGCAAAACGACAUUCAUUCUCCUUUAGUUACAGUCUAUGAGUCUCUGGUUUAUUCAGCUUGGCUACGACUACCCAAUGAGGUCGACAUGGAGACUAGAACGAUGUUUGUCGAAGAAGUGAUGGGGCUUGUAGAGCUAAAUAACCUAAGAAACUCAAUUGUUGGGUUACCUGGUGUUAAUGGCUUGUCAAUUGAGCAGCGCAAACGGCUCACAAUUGCAGUUGAACUGGUAGCGAAUCCAUCAAUUAUAUUCAUGGAUGAGCCAACCUCAGGAUUAGAUGCUAGAGCUGCAGCAAUUGUCAUGAGAACAGUAAGGAAUACAGUUGACACUGGAAGGACUGUGGUGUGUACCAUCCACCAACCAAGUGUUGACAUAUUUGAGUCAUUUGACGAGUUGUUCCUAUUGAAAAGAGGAGGACGAGAGAUAUAUGUUGGACCAUUAGGCUAUAAUUCAUGUCAUCUAAUCCAAUAUUUUGAGAGAAUUCGAGGAGUCCGAAAAAUAAAACCAGGGUGCAACCCAGCUACUUGGAUGUUGGAAAUCACAACAGCUACAAAGGAGACAGAGUUGGAAAUUGAUUUUGCUUCUAUCUACAGGAACUCCAAUUUGUACAAGGAAAACAAAGGAACCAUUCGGCAACUAAGCAAACCAGCUCCUGGUUCAAUAGACCUCAACUUUCCGACAAAGUUCUCCACCUCGCUUUUCACUCAAGCUAUAGCAUGUUUAUGGAAGCAGCACAAAUCGUACUGGAGGAACCUGACUUACACCGGUGCAAGACUUUUCUUCACAACUACUAUAGCCUUGAUGUUUGGGACUAUGUUCUUGAACCUCGGGAAGAACACGACAAAAGAACAAGAUCUUUUCAACGCAUUUGGUUCAAUGUUUGGCUCAGUGUUCUUCAUUGGCGUCCAGAAUGCAUUGUCAGUGCAACCCGUCAUAGAUGUUGAAAGAAGUGUUUACUACAGAGAAAAGGCUGUAGGGAUGUAUGCGUCAUUCCCAUUUGCAGCAUCACAGGUUUUGAUUGAGAUCCCAUAUGUGUUUGUGCAAGCAGUUAUGUACAGUGCCAUAGUGUAUCCAUUGAUUGGAUACGAUCUUAACCCACAUAAAUACCUUUGGUUUUUCUGCGUAAUGUUUUUCACUUUGCUAUACUUCACCUUCUACGGGAUCAUGAAUUUGGCCCUGACCCCAAAUCAACAUAUUGCCUACGUAACAUCGGGUGCAUUUUUUGGGGUAUGGAAUUUGUUCUCUGGAUUCGUCAUCCCCAAGACUAGGAUUCCAACAUGGUGGAGAUGGUAUUAUUGGGCAAACCCAGUAGCAUGGACCUUGAAUGGGCUGUUGACAUCCCAGUAUGGAGAUGAAGAGACUAGGCUUGAGAUGAGUGGUCUCACCAUAAAAGAGUUUCUGAAAUUAUACUAUGAUUUUGAAAGCGAUCGUCUACGAGUGGUGGUCACUGUGAUUAUUGGGUUUGGCGUGUUGUUUGCUUUUGUAUUCGCUGUUUCCAUCAAACUCUUAAAUUUUCAGAAAAGAUAG